AUGGCGAACGGGUUGGUGCUCUUCCUCUAUCUGAUUCAUUUAAUGGAACGCGGGGAGGCAGAGGAGGCGGACGCGAUGGGGACGGAGGCGUCCCGUGGCAAGGCUGAGUGGCGGCCAUACAGAACGGGCAGAUUGUGGAGCAUCUUUAUCGGCCUGUUUGUUGUGGCGGCCAUGAGCGUGGGCGCGUGGUUCCUGUCACCCAAGGGCGAGAAUCAAGUCCUCUGGCGGUCGUCGCUCAUCCUGGCAUUCUCGUGCUGCUAUCUGAUGUGGGCGAUUACCUUUUUGGCACAACUGAAUCCCCUGAUCGAGCCGCGGCGGUCCGACCUGCGGGCUGCCUUCAUACACGAAUAG